AUGAAGCUCAACUCUGUUGCUCUCACCCUGGCCACCGCGGGCUCCCUCGUGGCCGCCCAGGGCCACAAGGGCCACGCCCACCGUCACCACCAGAAGCGUGAUGUUCUGACCACCGUCGACGACACCGUCAUCAAGUACGUGAUGGAUGGACAGUCCCUCUCCGCCGCCGAGGUGUGCAAGGGUAUCAAGGCCGGUUACUACAAGUACGCCGACGCUGCUCCGGCCGUCGACGCCUGCGCCAGCCUGUCCAGCACCACCUCCUCGACCACUACCCAGGCCCCCACGCCUACCGUGGCUCCCGCCGAGUUCGUCGAGACCUCGUCCUCCUCCACCGUGGCCCCUCCCAGCACCUCGUCCUCCAGCACCCCGGCCUCCACCUCGGCGCCGGCUAGCUCUUCCAGCAGCUCCAGCAGCUCUUCCUCCGCCACCGGCCUCGACGCCUCCUUCCCCGAUGGCGAAAUCGACUGCGGUACCUUCCCCUCCGACUACGGUGCCGUAGCUCUGGACUACCUGGGCCUCGGCGGCUGGUCUGGUAUCCAGUACGUCUCCUGGUUGGACGACCUGAUCAGCGACAUCGUCACCGCCGUCACCGGCGAGAGCUGUCACGAUGGUGCCAUGUGCUCCUAUGCUUGCCCUCCUGGCUACCAGAAGUCCCAGUGGCCUACCACUCAGGGCUCCACUGGCCAGUCCGUUGGAGGUCUCCAGUGCAAGAACGGCAAGCUCUACAAGACCAACCCCGACCUCUCUGACAAGCUGUGCAUUGCGGGUGUCGGUGGCGUGAACGCUCAGAACAACGUUGGCGAGACGAUUGCCAUCUGCCGUACUGACUACCCUGGUACCGAAUCCGAGACCAUCCCUCUUGGCCUGGGCCACUCUGAGCUCCAGCCCCUGACCUGCCCUGACGGUGAGACCUACUACAAGUGGCAGGGCAAGACCACUUCCGCUCAGUACUACGUCAACCCCAAGGGUGUCUCGACCGAGAAGGGUUGCCAGUGGGGUGAUGGCAGCGAGGCCAUCGGCAACUGGGCUCCCAUCAACCUUGGUGUUGGCCAGAACAACGGCAAGUGGCUGUCCAUCUUCCAGAACAGCCCGACCACCAACCAGAAGCUCGACUACAGCGUCGAGAUCAAGGGUGACAACCUCAGCGGAUCCUGCAAGUACGACGCCACCAAGCAGAAGUUCAUCUCGGAGUCUGGCGAGAACGACUCUGGCUGCACUGUCCAAGUCCUGUCUGGCAGCGCUACCUACGUCUUCUACUGA